UUUUAAUUUCACAGUGCAGCUGUAAUCGCAAAAUGUCUCUUAUAAGAGAUUAACCUACCCAUUCCCCUGAACUCGUAUGUUCGGACGCUUAAAAUGUGGUCCGUGCUACUGUUAGCUAUAUGUUCAUCUUUGAACGGGGAUUUUAGGCCAUCGGAUUGUAAGAUUAUUUGCCCCAAAAAUGAAGUAUAUACAAAGGUACCUAAGCCGUGUAAUACCUGCGAUCAUUUGCUAGGAAAUGUUCCAUGUAUAGAUAAAAAAUGUGGAGAUCCAAGCUGUCAGUGUAAGCCAGGACUUUACAGGAACCACAAAGGAAAAUGUGUAACAAAGCGACAAUGUUUAGAAACUUCAGAACCUGAAUUUUGUGGCUGCGAUAGAGGUGAAGUCUAUCUCAAGUGUGGCUGCGAGAGGAACUGUGAUAACAAAUUAGUGCCUAAAAGCUGUGCGUAUGAAUGCGUUAGCGGUUGUUUUUGCAAAAAACCCCUAGUAAGAGAUGCAGCGGGAAAAUGCGUCAAACUGGAGAGCUGCAUUGCAGGAAUUGAACAGUCUUCACAAGAAUCUGCAGUUUGGUCAAUAAUAUAUGAUGAAGAUGAUGAAGAACGUAAUCAGUCAUCAAGAAGGUCUUCGCAUAAGCCACAUGGAAGAGGGAAAGGUCACUUUUCAAGGAAAUCUUCAUCGAGAUCCUCCGAGUAUGACGAAAAUGAUGAAGAGCUCAAUCAAUCAUCAAGGAGGUCUUCACAAUGGGUAUCAGAACAAAGACGGGGAAAUGGCCGAUCUUCAUCGUCUGAAGAAUAUGAUGAGGAUGAGGAAGAAAGUGACCAAUCAUCAAGAAGGUCUUCACAUAGGUCAUCAAGGCACGAAAAAGAUAGUUCUGAAGAAGAUGAUGAAUCAUCAACAAGGUCUUCUGGUAAAGGAAAAAAAUGUGGUAAAAAUGAAGUCAUCGUGGCAUGUGUCAAGCCAAAAUGGUGUAAUUCAUGUGAAAUCAAAGGCAGAUGUAAACUGAUCUCAGGAAGUUGUAAAAAAGGGUGUGAUUGUAAGAAAGGAUUUUACAGAGAUAGUUCUGAAAGAUGUAUUCGUGAAUCAAAAUGCCCCUCAAAUUCCCCACCACCAACGUGCCCUUUACCUUCUUGCGAUGAGGAAGGAUGCGAAAUAAAUUAUGAUGCAAAGCCAUGUCCCACUUGCGAAUGCGUAGGAAAGCCAAUUGUGCGUUGCAGCGUUCCAAAAUGUGAUGUAGAUUGUGAAAUAAAUUACGAGACAAAACCAUGUCCAUCUUGCGACUGCAAAAAAACAGUUCCAGUACCAACGUGUGCUCUACCUGUUUGCAAUGAGCCAGGAUGCAAAUUAAAUUAUGAUACAAAGCCAUGUCCCACUUGCGAAUGCUUAGGAAAACCUCCGGUCAUCUGCAACAUCCCAAAAUGUGACGUUGAUUGUGAAAUAAAUUACGAGACAAAACCAUGUCCAUCUUGCGAUUGCAAAAAUACAGGAGGUGCACCGCCAGUAUCGUGUUCUCCACCUAAAUGCGAUAAGCCAGGAUGCAGAAUAAAUUAUAAAACUAAACCAUGUCCUAGUUGUGAAUGUAGAGGAGUGUCCUGCACCUUGCCAAAAUGUGACGGCCCUGGUUGUGAACUAGAUUACGAGACUGAACCAUGUCCAUCCUGCAAAUGUGAAAUUUCAGGUGCACCACCAAUAUUGUGUUCUCCACCUAAAUGCGAUAAGCCAGGAUGCAGAAUAAAUUCUGAAACAAAGCCAUGUCCUAGUUGUGAAUGCAACGAAGUGUCCUGCAGCAUGCCAAUAUGUGACGGCCCUGGUUGUGAAAUAGAUUACGAUACUAAACCAUGUCCAUCCUGUAAAUGCGAAAACUCAAGCCCACCUAGUGAAGAAUGUGGCAAAGAUGAAGAAUUCUAUGAAUGUAGGCCAACUUGUAAGAAUACCUGCGAGAAUUACAAAGCUAAAGCGCCCAUUUGUCCCCUCAUUUGCAUCAAAGGAUGCGCCUGCAAAAAGGGACUCGUUAAAAGGAAUGAUGGGAAAUGUGUAAAACCUGAUAAAUGUGACAAAAUUCCAGGUAAUACACCACAUACUUGUAGCAAGAAUGAAGUGUACAAAAAAUGUGGCACAGCUUGUCCCGAAACUUGUGCUAAGCGAGGAAUUCGACCAUGUACUAAGCAGUGUGUACCUGGUUGUUUCUGUCGAGAUGGCUUUGUGCGAAACAGUGAAAAUAAAUGUGUUAAUCCAGAAAAAUGUCCAAAAGAUAAGUGUCCUCCUAAUGAACAAUACUCAGACUGUGCAAAUCCGUGCAAUGAUUGCCAAAUUAAAGGGAAAUGUAACUUUCUGGUAUGCAACAAGGGAUGUGACUGUAUCAAGGGACACUAUAGAGACGAAAGCGGUAAAUGUAUUCCGGAAGCUUUAUGCCCACCCAAAAGUCCGUCAGAAUGCGCUCCAGAUGAACAGCUUUACGAUUGUGUUCCUAGUUGUUCCAGAACUUGCGAAAAAGUUUUGUCAAAAGUUAAGAUUUAUUGUAGUCAAUUGUGCAAGCCAGGAUGCUUUUGUAAGGAAGGACUUGUGAAGGGCUACGAUGGAAAAUGCGUACGACCUCAGGAAUGCACAGUUAUUAGUGUACCACCACCAGAGAAUUGCGGUAAAGACGAGGUCUAUAAUGAAUGCGGCUCUGCGUGCCCUCCAACGUGUUCCAAUUUAGGAAAAGAUCAAGUUUGUACAUUACAAUGUGUCCAAGGUUGUUUCUGUCGAAAGGGAUUAGUCAGAAAUGACCAGGGUGAAUGUGUACAGCCAGAUCAGUGUCCAAAAUCUCUUCCGAUUCAAGAAUGUAAAAAAGGUGAAGAAUAUUAUGAAUGUAUACCAACUUGUAAAAACACUUGUGAGAACUACCAGGCAGAAAACCUAAUCUGUCCUCGUAUUUGCAUCAAAGGAUGUGCAUGCAGAGCUGGACUUGUUAAGCGAAAGGAUGGAAAAUGCGUCACACCUGAGAAAUGUGACAACACUCCAGCUCUUCCAAAUCAGGAAUGUAAAAAAGGUGAAGAACAUUAUGAAUGUAUACCAACUUGUAAAAACACUUGUGAGAACUACCAGGCAGAAAACCCAAUCUGUCCUCGUAUUUGCAUCAAAGGAUGCGCAUGCAGAGCUGGACUUGUUAAGCGAAAGGAUGGAAAAUGUGUCACACCUGAGAAAUGUGACAACACUCCAGUUCCACCGAUUCAAAAAUGUGGAAUAAAUGAAGAAUAUUACGAUUGCGUACCUACGUGUAAGAAUACUUGCGAAAAUUAUAACCAGAAAAAUGUUGCAUGUCCUCUUUAUUGUAAACAAGGAUGUGGAUGCAAGAAGGGAUUCGUCAGAAGGAAAGAUGGCAAAUGCGUUAGACCAGAAAAAUGUGACAAAAAACCUGAGAGUUGUUCACAUGAAGGAGAAGAAUUUAAGUCUUGUGGAUUCCCUUGCGAAGCGACAUGCUCGACUGUACAUUUCAAGCAUCUGUUAAAAUGCCCAAAACCCUGCAAACCCGGCUGUUUCUGCAAAGAUGGUCUCGUCAGGGAUUAUCAAAAUAACUGUAUUAAACCAGAAAAUUGCAAUAAACACGUCCCAAACUGUGAUAUAAACCAAGAGUUUUACGAGUGCAUGCCAAUAUGCAAGCGAACUUGCAUGACACAUCACUCAUUAGAAGCUUUCUGCACCACUGAUUGCUUCCCUGGUUGUUUUUGCAAAGAAGGGUUUGUAAUGAACAAAGACGGUGAAUGCGUGGAACCAGAACAAUGCCCGAAGACAAACUGUGGAUUGAGAGAGACAUAUUAUGAAUGUAUGCCAUCCUGUACAAAUGUAUGCAAUCCUCCUGAUGCCUGUGCAGCUGUCUGUCGUCCAGGAUGUUUCUGUCGUAAAGAUUUAGUUCUCAGGGAGGAUGGACAUUGUGUGAAGAGAGAAUUUUGCGGACAAAGUGGACAAUCUACCUGCGAUAUAAAUGAACAAUAUUAUGACUGUAUUCCAGACUGCGGAAAUACAUGCAACUCUUAUGGAAGAACAGAUAUUUUGUGUCCAGAAAUUUGCAAACCUGGAUGUUUUUGUAAGCCUGGCCUAGUUUUAAACGACGAAAAUAAGUGCGUUAAACCUGAGUUCUGCCCAAGACCGGUUAGAGAAUGCAAGAACCCAGAUCAACAAUACUACGAUUGUAUUCCUGAUUGUACCAACACAUGUGACAACUUCGGUAAAACUGUGGCGUGCCCGAAAAUUUGCAAACCUGGUUGCUUUUGCAAGCCUGGUCUUGUCUUGAAUAACGAAAAUGUUUGUGUGAAACCAAAGGAAUGCCCUAACUCUGGUUUUUGUAAAGAUAAAACCAUGCAAUAUUAUGAGUGCACUCCCAGCUGCAAAAAUAACUGUAAAAGCUGGUUUAAUCCUGGAAUUCGUUGUGGUUGUGGUCCACCAGGAUGUUUCUGCAAACAAGGACUUGUAAAAAGAGAAGAUGGACGGUGUGUACGUCCAGAACACUGCAAAAAAACUGGUCAUCAUGGUUCUGAUACCUCAGGUUCUGAAACAUCUUCUUCAUCUCAAACCACUGAAAAUUAUGAUGAAAGCUCUAGUGACAGAACUACAUCUAGAUCAUCUUCUUCUCAAACUACCGGAUACAGUGAUCAGAAUUUUGUUGGUAGCAGAUCAUCGCAGUCCUCGUCUACUCAAAGUGGAAGUCAAAGUUCUCAGACUUCAGGUCAAUCAAUAUUCGAAUCAUCUGGAUAUCAAACAGGGAGCCAAAGUUCCCAAACAUCAGGUCAAUCAAUAACUCAGUUAACUGGAUAUGAAAGAGGAAGUCAAGGCUCUCAGACAUCAAGUCAAUCAAUAUCUGAGUCAUCAGGAUAUGGAAGAGGAAGCCAGAGUUCUCAAACAUUAGGUCAAUCAAUAUCUGAGUUAUCUGGAUACCAAACAGGUAGUCAAAAUUCGCAGACAUCAGGUCAAUCAAUGUCUGAAUCAUCACAAUAUCAACAAGGUAGUCAAAUUUCGCAGACAUUAGGUCAAUCGAUAUCUGAAUCGUCAGGAUCUCAACAAGGCAGUAGUUAUCAGAGUGGACAAUCAAAUACUGGAUCUUCUUCCUCGUCAUUUGUUUCUCAAGAAGGAAUUACCAGCCAACUUUCUCAGACAGUAGCUGACUCCUCUUCUUCUUCAUCAUCGUCGUCAACAGCUGUUGGAUCUAUCAGUCAAAUCUUACAAUCAGCUAGUGAAUCUGCGUCCUCAUCCACUGCUUCUCAAAGUGGAUCUAGCAGUCAAAUAUUGCAAGCUGUGAGUGAAUCUGAAUCAUCAGCCACUGCUUUACAGAGUGAAAGUUCCUCCGACUCAGAAUCAUCAAAUCAAGUAUCAUCCUGGUUUUCAACUAUAAAAGAUGAAUCUAGCAGUCAAACAGCACAAUCAGAGAGUGAAUCUUUGUCUUCGGCGACUGCUUAUCAGAGUGGAUCUAGUAGUCAAAUUGCACAAUCGGAGAGUGAAUCUUUGUCUUCGGCUACAGCUUCUCAGAGUGGAUCUAGCAGUCAAAUAGUGCAAUCAGCGAGUGAAUCUGAAUCCUCAGCCACUGCUUAUCAGAGUGGAUCUAGUAGUCAAACAGCACAAUCAGAGAGUGAAUCUUUGUCUUCGGCUACUGCUUCUCAGAGUGCAACCCGCAGUCAGAGAAGAAAAUCCAGUGCUUCGUCCUUUAGUUCAGCAAGUGAGAAGGAAAUUGAAUUUUCCCAAAGCGAGUCUUCUUCCAGUUCUAAAGGAAGCGAGGACCAAAGUAGUCAGUCGAGUUCUUCAUCAUCAAUCUCAGAAAGUUCCUCCGACUCUGAAUCAUCAAAUCAAGUAUCAUCCUGGUUUUCAACUGUAAAAGAUGAUGCUGAGAGUGGCAAUGAACAGUCUCAAUCUGAAUCCUCAUAUUCAUCUUCUGGAAGUCAAAAGGAAGAGAGCUCCCAGAAUGGCGAAUCUACAAGCAAGUCUUCAACUUGGUCUAAGGGAUAUACAGAUGGGAAUAAAGCUAAAGACGGUGAUGAUAAUGGCGGUUUUUCAUCAUGGUCUUCUGGUUAUAAAGAAGAAAAUGGUGUUCGAACUGCUGAGUGGGAUGAUUCAACUUCAUCUUGGUCUUCAGGAUCUAAAAAUGAUUAAAGCGAGAAUGUAAUUGAUACUAUUAGCAGCUCUUCUUUAGAACGUGAAGAGGAUAAGAAAAAGUAUCAACAACUAACACUUAAAGGACAUUUCUAAUAAAUAUUUUUUUAUUAACUUUAUGAUAUAAAUAUCUACAAUUUUUGUAAAAUAUAUUUUUUUGCAUGGACCAAUAAAGCGACGAACAGCAUAAAUCAUA